AUGAGUCUUGUCCUUAAGGGUUCAUUUCCAUCAAAAAUCUAUCAUUCAAAAUGUCUUCCAGUUACCUUGAAGCCCACAAUUGCCGAGGCACCUAAGGGUAUUUUUGGACCAGUUUUAAAAUUCAAAAAUUUUUAUAGACUACAUGAUAAUCGAGCAGAUGUAUUUCAUGGAGAAUUUAUUUCUUUGAAGUUUUAUCCAUCCGCACAUUUCGUUUCAUUAUUUAGAAAGACUAACCCUGCAUUUACUGUGAAAAGUAUGAUGAGUAAAUCAUUUUCAGAUAACGCUGGGUCUUACAUUAAGAAUUACUAUGCAAAGCAGAAAUCUGCAGUUCCAUCCAACUAUGCAGUCUGGAGGAGAAAGGUGAAGUUGUUAGUCCAAGAUCCAUUUUUUGAAGAAUGGACUAAUUUAGAUGGUCGGAAGGGGGUGGAACAGAACUCUCUCAUAAACCCAGAAGAACAGAUACCUUUAGUUGAAAGUUAUAAUAGAACGACACCAAAGGGGAUGGCGAAGGAUGGGUACUAUGAGUUCUUGAUUCAAAAAUAUCCGGACAAUGUACAAGAUAAUAUAGCUUUACAGAAUGAGGUACGAAGGGCAGUUGGGGUUGUUGCAAAUUUAGAUUGGGGUAAAUUUUUAAAUGAAAAACUUCCAGCACUGAGAAUUAAUCCGAAGUAUAUACAUAAAGUGGUAUUCAAAAAACGGACGCCAGAGACCUGGGUAGAAAAGGCUAACAAGAAGUUGAAUAUUGCACAUCUAAAUAAAUAUUUGAUCCGUUCUGAUAUUCCAUUAAAAUUGAUAAAAUUAAAGAAAAAGAAAUCUACUUAA